CCUAAAGAAGAAACAUGCUAGUUAAUUGCAAGUACAAUUCGCAACAAAUCGCUAAAUAGAAUGAUUAAACUGGCCAUAUUUUGUAAACUUGUCUUCGUCGUUCCAUGUUAGAUGCUUAGAAGGUUCAGCCAUAAAUGCUUUCUUUAUUCGCUCACUGUAUAGCAACAUAAUGUCAUUUUUCUGAAAUUUUAUCGACUGCCAAUUUUUCUUAAUUAAAUUUCGCAAGUUUUUCCUUUUUUCUCUGUCGAAGAAUCGCCGCCUCAAUGCCUGUUUUAAGCAAAUCCCUCAAACGAAUAAGCAAAUUGCCUCAGCAGUGGGGAAUCAGCCUGGUAGCGCUCAGAAAACAGUCCUGGUGGAGCCAAAUUAAAGCAGGAGCCCCUGACCCAAUCUUCAGCGUAACGGAAGCCUACAGGGCCGAUGCGAAUCCCCAAAAAGUCCUGCUAGGAGUAGGAGCUUACAGAACUGAUGAGGGAAUGCCGUUCAUCCUGCCCUGCGUUCAAAGAGCAAAAGACAUGUUAGGGGAGCAGAAGCUGGAUCAUGAGUAUCUUCCACAGGGCGGAUAUUCAGAGUUUAACAGAGCGGCCGCUCGACUAGCGCUAGGCGAAGAAAGCGAUGUUCUGAAGAACGGUCUGAACCUCACUGUUCAGGCGCUAGGAGGAACUGGUGCUAUUCGACUGGGGAUGACAUUUUUAAGCCGUUUCCAUACUGGAUGUAAGGUAGUGUACAUUCCAAACCCCACAUGGAACAACCACAAGAACAUAAGUCUGAAUUCGGGGAUGGAAUGGAAGUUCUACAAGUAUUACGACCCCGAACAAAAAGGGAUGAACUUCUGUGGCAUGUGCGAAGAUAUAGAAAACAUCCCGGAAAAAUCUAUUAUUCUCUUCCAUGCCAUUGCCCACAAUCCCACGGGAUUCGACCCCUCUCCCGACCAAUGGAAACGGCUCUCAAAUCUCUGCAUGGAAAGGAACUUGUUUGUCUUCUUCGACAUGGCGUAUCAAGGAUUUGCUACGGGAGAUGCGGAAAAAGACGCCAGUUCAGUGCGCCAAUUCAUAGAAGACGGCCAUCAAGUGGCCGUAGCUCAAAGUUUCUCCAAAAACAUGGGGCUGUAUGGCGAGAGGAUUGGAGCCCUUACUUUAGUAACCAAUCCCCUUGUAGCAUCGAAGGAAGAACUGGAAAGGGUAAAUUCCCAAAUGAAAAUCGUCAUUAGAGCAAUGUACUCAAAUCCGCCGCUCUAUGGAGCGCGCAUUGUCUCUCAAGUGCUCAAUGAGCAAGCUUUGAGAUGCCAAUGGCUCAAAGACAUCCAAGGUAUGGCCAAUAGGAUUCAAAGUGUACGACAGCUGCUGGUGGCCGAACUGAAGAAAGUUGGCUCGGAAAAAAAUUGGGAACACAUUUGCAAGCAAAUUGGAAUGUUUAGUUUUACAGGACUGAACAAGGAGCAAGUGGAAAAGCUAACAAAAGAGCACAGCGUCUACCUAACAGCAGACGGCAGAAUUUCAGUAGCUUCCUUGGGAGGAAAAAACAUUCCAUAUGUUGCAAGGGCCAUACAUGAAGUGUCGAAGUAAUCAAAGUGUUUGCUGAGUUGUAGUUACCCGUUUUUCUCGCCCCUACCACUCGCAGUUGAUUGUUCACUAAACUACACGGCCCCAUUCUGAACCUAGCCAAGCCCUGACCCUUUCUCAGGAAGGGUUUUUUUGGUUUAACGGCUGCUCCAGUUGGGGGGUUAUCUGCCAACUUUUCCUCCAGCAAUUGCUCGAAGGGCUUCGGGGGCGCAAUUUUCUUCUGGUCCCAUUCGCCGAGAUUCACUGAAUUAAAGCUAUCCUGCUGAGAAGCGGUUUCGAUGUGAUUUUCCGGUUUAUUCCUCGACUGUUGAAGAAGGUUGUCAUAACUGCCUUGCCACUGCUUUAAAUCCUGCAGCCUGACAAGGCUGAGCGAUGGCGAAAACGACAUGCCGAGGGAUCAAAAAGGGUUUAUCAUUACACACUGGAAAUUUUGAAUGUUUGAAACACUUUUUUGUUUUGUGGACGUUACAAGUUGUCACUGAUGCCAAAAGUCUUUGGUUAGGGGAGGAAAUUGGAGGUUAGCUUGGGACAAAGUGGGGUUUAGACCUUAGACCCUAGACUAAGACUUAGUUAAUCUAUGGUUUAGACAGAGCCACAGACAGAGCAAAGACAACAAGAGACUUCAUUCUGUCCAUAGAUAAAGACGAGUGAUUCUGUCUACUUGCCUCUGUUGUCCCCACCACAGAUUACAUACUAUUGAAUUACUAGAGAGCCUUUUUUACAGGGGUUUUAUUAAGUCCUGUUCACAAAAUAUGCCCCCGGGGUCUGUGGUCUUGUUCUAUGCGAAGACUCUUGUUUAAAGUGCAAGUGUUUACAUUUGUUGACGGUGGGGCCCUAGUAUGACUGCUAUACUUAUUCUUUUUAUGAUCUUUUAUCUGUAAGUCAUGGUUUUCGUGUUAAGGCAUGUUACAAAUGGGGAAGUUUUACUUUUGGGGAUGAAUGAAACGUACACUUUGGGGCGCAGCCGGCGGAAUAGCAUCCAUUUGAAAGAUGCCACCGUCAGCAAGAAACAUGCCACCAUCAAACUUGCUGAUGGCCACGUUGACCUGGAAGCUGAAAAUUUUGCUAAUGGAACUUGGCUGAAUAAGGCGAGAAUCCAAAGACCUCAGCGGCUGCAAAGUGGAGACGUUAUUCUCUUCGGGGACCAAGAUUGCAAAUAUGUUUUUCUAGAUCCUAAAUUCGAGGCUAUAAUCGAUGAACGAAUUGACACAAUUUCCAGAUUUGCACUAGAGUUAACUCUAAAUAAUUUGAAUGUGAAAAUAGCGACUGAUUAUGCAUCCACUUGUACCCAUUUCAUUACUAAACUCGUUACAGUUGAUGGUCUAAUGAACGGACCAAUGCUGUACUUUCUCAUAGAUAGGAAGAAUGUGAUUACAAUGAAAUACUUUAUGGACAUUCUGACCAACAUUAGAGAAGCCCCGUUGGUUCCCAACAUUUACAGAUACAUGCCCCAAGUGGAUGAUUUCCUCAAAAGCAAAGGCAUUGUGGAUAUUAAUCCGAGAAAGAAUCGGAACUUUUUAUUUGAUAAUGUUUUUUUUAUCAUAUUUGAUCCACAGCUGCAUGACAGAGUGUGCCCCCUCAUUGUAAAGUGCGGUGGCGAUACUGCAAUCUACGUGAAAGGAUUCAAUUUCUACAAUAAUUUAUUCGAAUACUGGAAAAGAUAUCUUUACAUUGCGGUCCUGGAUUCAGAGCAUAGGGAUUGUGAGCAAAUGAAAGAGUUCUCUGCAGCAAUGCGCCUCAACGGCAAGCGAUUUAUGACCCUUGAACCUCGUGAUAUUUACGUUCAGAUCCUUAAAGGAGACUCUGUUAUGGAAAUUGGAAAUGCAGAUGUAGUGUAUUUACCGAACACGCCCCCGCCAGUGAUCGUUCUGGAUUCAUCAGAUGAUGAGGAGUUAUUGCCUGAAUUGGAUAAUCAAGCAGACGAACCCGCUAAACCAAAGAGUCCAAACAUCCCGUCGCCUUCACGGCGAUUGCUUAAAUCCUACGAGCCUCUCAAAAAUGAGCUCAGCUUUAGGGAAUAUUGUUUGAGGACAAAUUCACAAUCUUCCACCUUAAAUAAGUGGAUAACAAGUCCAAAAAAGAAACGUCCGUCUAAACAAACCAAAGAUGCAGAUGAAACAGCGAUUGAAGCCACACCGCAAACUGAAGUCUCUACGGCCAGUAAACAAGAUGAACAAACCCCGCCUGUAGCGAGGUCUGAGAAAAUUAAAAUCGUUCAAGUUCUUUUAAAUAGAAGCCGGCCAGGCUUUAGUUUAGAUAACAGCCAGCAAGCAUGUAAUUCCGCAGACGAUUCGCAAACGUUUAGUCGCACUCAGGUAACACCCACCAAUUUGUUUAAAAAACUUAAAGAGGAUAACACGAGCCCGUCCGAGGAUGUAUCAGAUUGCUCAUCAGAUAGUGAAAUUUUUUUUAGAGAUUGUAAAUUACUUAUUGAUUAACAUCUGAGUGAAGCAAUAAACUUGUACUUGAUUUGUAA